GAGAGUUGGGUCGGGGCUGCCAGUCCCUGCCCCAGCCCAGGAUGGGAAGCAGGUCCCUGGCUCCUGCCUGCCCCACUGGAGCCUCCUCCUGGACUGGUUUUUAGUAGCCCCGACUCUAUUGUCUUAAUUUUCAGCCAGGCCUAAUUUAGAUCUAAUCUGACUCAUUUAAACACUCUUUGUGAUGGCUAAGGAAGGUCCUGGGUGACUAAUAUAAUCCCAGAAAAAAUAAACACAUCCAAGUCAGCUCUGGGAUGGGAACUGGUGCUUGAUGGAUGGUAUCCUGGAAAAAUGAGCCAUUACACAGCCAGUUGCUUCUGUAUGCAUUUCCUCUGGACUGGAGCUAGCUUUUGUUUUGUUUCCAUCUUUAAUUGAGAGAAAACCUCCAACUUGUCUUGUGUGACGUCGCUGGAGAACAAAGGGCAGGUGUUGCAGUGCAGGAUGUUGUUGACCACCCUUCCCCCCCGGUGUGGUGAUUCCUGGGGCAGUGGCAAAGCCUUGUCCCUUCUGGUGGUGACAGCCUGGGGCUAGACCCCAACCCGAGGGGCUCUGGGGGUAUCCUGUGCUGCAGCCAGCACUCGUCCCUUGGUGGUUUGUGUCUCCACACUGAGCUAUUUUGUUUCCUGAGCAACAUCUCUGGACAAAGUAUUGCCCGGCACAAAUCCCCGCGCCUGCCCUGCGGGAGAAAGCACAGCCGGCUUCCAGGAAAGGUGUUCAGGCCCCGAGUCUGGAAAACCAUCAUUCCCUUCUUUCCUUCAAAGGCUUCCUGUGGGGUGGAAAACACUCCCGAAGCUUGCUCCUUCUGCCCUGUGCACGCAAGCUGGUGAUGUCCUGAUGUUCCUGUGCUGUGCCCAGGGCAGCAGCAGCUCCUGUCUCCUCUGGGGUGGGGGAAGGUCAGAAUCCAUGGAGGAGAGGUCCCAAGCAGGCAGUGGAAUAGGGGUUGAGGUGGGUCCACAGCUCUGAGCUGUAUUGGGGGCUCUGCCACAUCACUUUAAGCUGGGCCAAGUCUCCUGACCUGCCCCUGGCUCGGUGGCUGAGCCAUUGGAACUGCAGGGUUGUCAGAUUUCCAUUACUUCACUUUCCUCUGCGUUGCUCCCUCUGUGGGAGGCUGGGGCAGCUCUGGGCACUUCCAAGCUCCAAAACAGAGGAAGUCCAGCACAGGGUGCUGGGUUUUCUGGUAACUGCUAAUUUCUUGAGGUCCAGGAAGGUCUAGGGAAGACUCUUUUUAAGAUGAGGUGGUUCCAUAAAUGCUCAGCUCUUAUUCAGACACUGAUUAUGGGGUUUUCUCAUCGCAGGGCCACAAUCAGGGUUAUGGGAGAGGAAGGUGAAACCCUGGCACCACAUUUCUGUCCUCAAGGUUCCCAGACUCAAUUCUGGGAAAAGCCUGACAGUGUGGGAGCAGCCCUGGCCAUGGCUUGUCCCAGGGUUGGGCAGAGGGGCUCUGGUGGCUGCUGGAAAAUCCGGGAAGUGGCUCUGUUAACACAGGAUGGAAGGAACAAAAACCCCAGCAUCAUUAAUCACCUGCUUCGGCUGAGUGUGCAUAUUUGGUGGGGAGUGUUUACAGAGCACUUUCCUUGCUCAGAGGCCUCUGGCACCCUCAGAGAAUUAAUGGCAUGACCUCCUAAAAGGAUGCGUGGCACGCCCAGUGCACAGAGUUGCAUCUCAGAACAGUUCCCACAUGAGAAAUGUGCAGGUCUUGUGAUGUCACUGGGUGCAGAGAUGGGCACGUCCCUCCCUCAGCCCUUUUGGACCUUCCCUGGCCGUGGGUGCAGCCUGGAAGGAGGGGAUGGGGCAGAACAGGACUCAUCUCUCCACGGGGAGCUGAUCAGGAGGGGGGUGUGAUGCCAGACCCAGCAUGGACCCAGGACAGAUGCUGAGGGCCUUGAGGUUGGAUAAUGCAGGGUCUUCAACACCUUCUCUGUGGUAACAGUUUCUCCAACUUUACCACAAGACCAAACCUCAUAGGAACAACUGUUUCCAUCUCUGAAAAAAAGCCCUGUUUGAGGAAUAAAUGCACCCAGCACCAGGGCUGACCAUGGACCCUGGCUCUGCUUUGGGCCCUUUUCACAACCGUGUGUCCCCAGCAGCUGUUGGGGUCAUGGAAAAGCUGGUUUGCCAGGGGCUCUGGGGGAGUGAUGUAGCCUGCAAAAAACAGGGGUAGAGCUGGAUCUGAGCCACAUCCCGGGGUGCAGAUGUCUGUGCAGGGCUCCCCAGUGGGGUGAUGGGGGCCCCUGCAGACACACGGGGACCCUUUGGGACAGGGGCUUUCCCGGGUUUGAGGGGGCAGCCGACUCGGCCGUCGGCUGGGCGUUGUGCAAGAGCCGAACUUGGAAGAAAAUCAGAAACCUCCCUCUGGAAAUACCCCUCGGACUGGAAGUUGUGGAGGUCCUGGGGCCGGUGCUUGCGGGGGCGGUUCCUUUAGGGCUUAAGAAGGGCUGAGGUUGGAGCCGGCGGCCAGAAGGAGACAGCCCCGGCCAGCGGCACCCGCUCCUGGAAGGGGGGAAGGAAGGAAAGGAGGGAAAACCAGCCCUGCUGCUGCCCUGUGGGUGAUGGAGCUGGCUCCUGUCCUUCUCGUCCUCGGCUCGCUGUGGGGCUGCAGCGGACGCCCUGCUGACAGGCUGGUGGUGACACCGCGGGAGCCGGUGGUGCCCUUUGGGGGCUCGACAGAGCUGAACUGCUCCUUGGCCUGCGCAGGGGGCAAGGUGGAGUGGAGAGGGCUGGACACCGCCCUGGGGACCAUCUCCUCCUUCUCCACCCACAGCAUCCUGCACAUUAGACAUGCCACCGUAGCCACGGAGGGCAUGAAGAUCUGCCAGGGCAGCUGCCAAGGGCAGCACUACCAGAAAACUGCCACGCUGAAGGUCUAUGCCCUCCCAGACACGCUGAGGCUGGAGGCAGCUCCCCACAUCCUGCGCCCGGGGUACCCUGCCAGACUGAGCUGCUCAGCCACGCACCUGUACCCUAUCGAUGGGGUGGCCCUCACCUGGUACCGGGGGCACCAGGUGGUGAAAACAGACUUUGAUGCUGACGACGACGAUGAGGAGCUGUAUAAAAUUGUUUCCAUCCUCUCUGUGGAUGGGACAGAGGUGGAAGAAGGAGUGGAGUUCAGGUGUGAGGUGACACUGCAUGUUGGGCAGAAGACCUUCACCAAGGUGGCAUCUGUGGUGGCAAGUGCUGAGGCUGUGACGGAGCAGCUGGCGGCCAAGGUCACCUCCACAGGGAGUCCCAGCACAGCCAGGCCUGUGGCCACCACAACACUUCCUCCAGGGCCGAGUGUCCCUACAGGUGAUCUCACCACAGCACGGGAGCCCAACACUGGGACCACCCUGGAUCUGGCUGCUGUCACCAACCCCCCCUCCACGGAGCCCUCUGUGCCCCAGGACCUCAUCGCAGGCAGCCCCACGGCACGUGUGGCCACCAGCACCCUCCCUGGCUCUGGCACGGCGGGGACAGUGCCAUCUGCGGGGACAAUUCCUGCCUGCAGCCUGCAGAUCUGGUCGCUGCCUCCCACCGGGACGCGGGGCAGGGCUCUGCGCAUCGAGUGCCACGCUCGGUGCACCGGGAACGCCACGGUGGGCUGGCUCCGGACCCCCGCAGCCCUCUCGCAGUACCGGGAGGAGAACGCGGGCAGCAGCUCCGCGCUGCGGCUGGACAGCGCCCAGCCCUGGCACCAGGGCCACUACCAGUGUGUCCUGCUCGGCCACCGCAGCCAGAUGGUCACCCUGGAGGUGAUGGUCAUGGAUGAUUCCUUCAGCUCGGGCCCUGCCAUUGCUAUGGGGACAGCGGGAUCGCUCUUGGGGCUCAUCGUGACCACUGCCGUGUCUCGACGCCUGUGGAAACGAUUCAGAUCUCGGUAGCAGCUGCCCUAGAAGUGGGAGCAGCCGGCUGUUGGCCCCAGCCCUCCAGCCGUGUCCCUGCUGUCCCCCUGUCUGUCGCUGGCCUCGCUCGGCCUCUGGACGGCAAGAAGGAGUGGGAGCAGGAGGGCGAGCAGCUGCCUGCGGCUGCCGCGGGAGACAAAGCCUGGCAGGGCAAUGAGCACAGGCGACAAACGGACGCGUCCGGGGCUGGAUCCCCGCGGGCUGGCACCGAACUCUGGGCUGGGCCCGGCGCCUGGGGCUCCCGGCACCUGCGGACGGGCGGCAGCACGAAGGCCGCUUGUCUGUCACAACAGAAGGUCCGAGGCAGCCCCGGGGGCAGCUUGGGCUCGGCAAGCGGGUGGGACUGAUGCUCCAAUAAAGAGUUGUUUCCUUUCGA